AUGUCUUCCACAGACGUCUGUGAUCUCCCGAAGGGAUUUUGGGAAAUCGGGAAUUAUCGCCACAAUGUCCGUAGAAUCAAAGACGGAGUCGAUCAAUUGGACGACUUUGCGAAGAUGUGUCGCGAGAGAGCGGAUAUUGAAGGGAAAUAUGCAAAAAUGUUACAGGCAUUCAGUCAAAAAUGGAGAAAUCACUUUGAGCAAACGAUGCCGCCUUCCUCGACGAGAACAUCUCUAAUGGAGGUGAUCGGUGAGAGUGACUCGUUGGCAAAUCUGCACGCAAUGGCUAGAGAUCGUCUCAAUGAUGAGAUCGUGAAAACUCUCAGCUUAUUCCGAAAAGAAAACCACCAUCCAUCCGCCUUUCGAGCACCGAAAGAGAUCCGAGAAGUUGAGGAUGCUUUUGAAAAGGCUCAACGCCAAUGGAGAAAGCUUUACGAGAGGACUGAAGUCGCCAAGAAAGCUUACUACACCGCUUGCCGAUCGGAGCGAAGUGCAGCCGUUUUGUUGGCAAAUGCUCAACAAGACACAUCGAUCUCGUUGGAUGGAACGCAGAAAAUGAGAGAUCGUUGUGAAAAGGCGCACGAAGAAGUGUUGAGAACGAAGCAGAACUAUGAGAAGUUCCUUGGCGAGAUCAACACUUACAAAAGCCCUUAUAUGGAAAACAUGUCGUUUGUCUUUGCGAAAUGUCAACAAAUGGAGCUGAAAAGAUUGAAAUUCUUUGUGGAAAUGAUCACCGGUACAGAGCAUGUUCUCGUCGAUCUCAUCAACAACAAUAAAUUCCAACAACUCCAUGAGCAAAUCCAGCAAAGACUGAGAACGACCGAUGAGCGAGCUUUGAAUGAAGAUCUCACCACUUGGUGUCUAGUUUAUGGAAUCGAUGCGCCGACGUGUUGGCCAAAUUUCGAGGAGUACCAUCCAGAAAUGCGAGAGAUUUCUGCGAGAAAGUGCUCAGCAAAGGAUGCUUCUGGUGGAGUGGUCUUGACGAGGCAAGUGAUCAAAGCUGACGAUGAAAUUCUACCAACUGUGGCUCCUCAUCAGUUCCAAAAGCCACAAGAAAAAAGAGGACUUGAGAUUCACCGACCACAACCGGGCAGCAGUCAUGGAAGUGAAAAUGGAAAGCAAGGGAGCAGCAGCGACUCCGAUACCAACACUUUCGAUUCACAGAAGAGCAAUCAGAAGAACCGGAAUAACAACAAUAACAACAAUAAGAACAUAAUCAAUGUGAAUGGCUACAAUGGAAAUGAGGCCAGGAGAUGGGAAUCGUUGCCUCAAAAGCCCGUUACUUCAAUGAUCCAUCCACCACUUCACUCAACGAAUUCGAUGAAUUCCUCUUCUGCUGCUAGCAAUCCACCAUCGUCAAGAACCCCGGAUUCAGAGAAAUUCUCCGAAUUCGAUGAUUAUCAGAAACAGCUCGCAACCGUGCUCUACGAUUACAGUCCGAUUGAGAAUGACGAGAUCGGCUUGAAGAAAGGUGAAACGAUUGAGGUGCUUUCCGAGCCAGACUCUCUCGGUUGGUGCACGGGGAGAAAGGGCGGCUUGACGGGACUCUUCCCGGCUAGCUAUGUUCAAGUUAUG